UUAUCUCUCAAAGUUGUUUUGAUUGAUUGUGUGUGUGUGUGUUCGUUCAUUUAAACCUUGGAGAUAGUUCAGAAACUCAGCUACAUUCAAAUAACCAGGACUGAAGCUGUAAGUACUCAAUGUCAAUUGGGGAGAAUUAAAAGGCCGAAUAGAGCCCGAACUCGCUACGAAUUAUGCUUCAUGAACACACCAACAAACCACAAACAACCAACAAGUACAGUACCAUCACCAACACGAAUCAGACGAAAAUAGUCGGCCACAUAAAGUUUCGUGGCACCAAGAGUGACCUUUGACCUAGAGGACUAGAUUUAACUGGUACAUCAUUGACAGUACUCAUGUACCAUUGUUUGUUACAUGAAGCAGAGGUUUUUAUCAGUUUACUUUCAAGAUGGUUUAUGCAUUUAUAAUUCACACUCUAAACCUAUCUGCCGGAGCAGGGAUGUGCCGAGUCUUAUACUCCAGUGUAUUCGGCAGUGAUGGUACACCAGACUAUUGUCUUGCAAACAUGGAGGACCAAACUGGAUCAAGUCCUGCAUCAGUGACACUCUCACAACAACAAUUGAACGACAUGCGAACAGUCAGGAAGGAGCAACUAGCGCUAGUGGCUCGCCAAGUCCAGUCCGAGUAUUCAUUCAGAAAAGCGGUGCACGGUGGGGACCAUGCAGAGCAGGAUACCAGUUUCUCCGGACUUCUAGAUGACCCCAGCCAAUUCGAACACGGCAUGUUUCGUCUGAAAGGAGGCGACCCGUUCCAAGGCGAAAAAAUCACAGUAUGGCUAGGACUAGGUUCUGUUGGCUUGGCGUUGAUCUGUGAGAAAAAUGAAAACCGACUGCUAGCAGAGGGCGCCCUCAAACUGUUAGCGAGAUACCUGCAGGAGCAUGUGCAAGUUUUAACUCAGCCAGCCGAACUGCUGACUAAAGGGGACCGUGUGGCCGUUAUAGUUCAUCAAUUCCUACCAAGUGGACGUUUGUUGUUCAUGAACCAUGCCGUUACUAAACAGAUUGAAAGAGACAUGGACAAUUUGCUUCGUGGGAAGUGAACAGUGAUCAAACAUUGUCAAAUUUCUAGGUGCUCCUACCGGGGAAUUCUGCACCUAUCGUCCCAUAGAAUCACACUCUAUACAGGGCAUAUGAAGAAAAACAAUUGAAUACUUUGCUUCAUAUACAAUUCUUAAAAGCAGUUCUAUUGAGCAGCCUUAUUAUCAAUGAAAACUUGUUAAUUUUUGAUGGUGCUGCUUAAGAAAUUUAUUAGCUAAGGAAUAAUUAGCUUAGCAAAACAAGUCCGUGUUUGAAACAAGUUUUAAGUAUGGAUUUUUCACUUGGAGACUAAAAUUGUUAUUUAGUUGAAGUCCGUAUUUAAAGCUAGCAAAGGAUGACAAAGUGUUUGAUUGAAAGCGCUGGAAUUUGACAAAAUAUUGUUGAAUUUAACAUGUGUUUCUGGGUAACCUGGGCCCAAUUGUGGGUGACCUGGAUCCAGUUUCAAAGAGAUAGUUAAGCGCACAAAUCAGCUAAAAGCCCAACAAUGCUUACCAGAAACGUUUACCAGCUAAAAUACCAUUCCACAUGUACCAUCUGUGACCUGGUAUCCUACU